GGAGAAGGCCCCGGAACGAGGCCAGCCCGUGCGGGCCCUCGCUCCCUUCCUCCCCCGCAGCCGCACUUACCCGCUCCGGAAUCGGCCCUGUCGCUCCGGCCCGCUCUCCAGAGCCGGCUGAAAACGACAGCGGCCACGGCUACAAGUGCGGUGUGUCCCCGGAUAAGACUUGCAGCUCCCACAACCGAAGUGUGAGGCCCCCGGGCCCUUCCCGCGGAAUUGGCGCUGAGAAACUCCAAAGCCCCCCCUCCCCGCCUCCCAGGCACCCCCGGGUCCAGGACUACAACUCCCAGCAGGUUGCGCGAAAGGAACGCCCAAGGCAACGGAGGCUCACGAGAGUCACCAUGAUUCUCCAGCGGCUCUUCAGGUUUUCCUCUGUCAUUCGGUCUGCAGUCUCAGUCCAUUUGCGGAGGAACAUUGGGGUUACAGCAGUGGCAUUUAAUAAGGAACUCGAUCCUAUACAGAAACUUUUUGUGGACAAGAUAAGAGAAUACAGAUCUAAACGGCAGGCAUCCGCAGGACCUGUUGAUACUGGCCCAGAAUAUCAGCAAGAGCUGGAGAAGGAAAUGUUUAAGCUUAAGCAAAUGUAUGGUAAAGCAGAUAUGAAUACCUUCCCUAACUUCACAUUUGAAGAUCCCAAAUUUGAAGUCAUUGAGAAACCCCAGUCCUGA